AUGGCGGGAGUACGUGUAGUUUUGUUGGCGGCGAUGGCGGCGACGGCGAUGGGAGUGACGAUGGAGAGAGAAGAAAAGAGAAGUCAAUCGAAAAGUCUGUGGAGAAGCUGCUUGUGGCAGUCAGCAAUGAGGACGAGAGGGCGAAAUUCAACGUAACUCUGCACAGCUACAUGAUCUCGAACAACAAACUUCAAGUUCUUGACUUCCAUGAGUCGUGCUGGCCCAUCGUUGAAGGAGGAUACAAGAACAAGCAGGAGAAGUGCAGCAUCAUUAUUGACAAGCUCGGCAUGUUCAUCAUGAUGCCGUCCUCCAACUCUUGCUGCAAGUUGGCAAUGGUCCCCUCGUUCCUCCCCGCGGCACACGAGCAGCGUGGAUCGUACCCCCUCCUCCAUUCUAAUCAUCACGUGAAGUGCCAGGAGGCUUGUGAAGUCGAGCUGGCUACAAGGUGGAAGGAGAGCACAACGAUUGAGAAAUUUGAGAGGAAAAUCCAUCAUAAUCAUCAUAAUCAUCAUCAUCAUCGCAAUUCUUCCUCCUCUGGAGAUUGCUCGCUUCCGGACGAAGUUUCUUGCGUGAAGGACAA